AUGGCGCCUUCGUAUCCGUUCGCUGAUUUCAAGGCAGCUUUUGCUCUGCAGUCGGGUCCACUGCUGGCUGCUGUUUUCACUCCAGAGUCUCCGCCCGAGGAUCCCUAUCGCCUCGAGGACUUCCGCAACUUCUCAAACCCUGUCAAUGCCGAGGGCGAUAUCCGUCGCUAUCUCCUCCAAGACAAGCAUACUGGAGUCAAACUGAAUAAGCCACAGGGCCACGCCUGGGUCAAUGUCGUCAAUGCCUACUGGGCUGCGAUCGGCGAACUCAACAAAGCCUAUGUAUAUGGCACGUGGUUGAAAGCCCUGGAGGCGUGGAAGGAAUUUGUCAACCACGUAAUUAGAGGCUACUCGAACAAUCACUUUCCGGCGUGGACAAUUCCGUUACUAUACGUUGCUGGGAAGUAUCUCCGCGCUUUCGCUAUGAAAGCCGAUGCCUCGGUUGCAUCUCAGAAUGAUGGUGGCUUCGGCAACGGCUUCCAGGAGGAUGUGGUUUCUAAUAACGAUAAAAACGCUAAUCUUGAGGAUGCUGCGAGGAUAAUCAAUCGGAUGUUUACUCUCUGUUUGGGAGACCGUGCGCCUAUAGAAGAAUCACGUAAAUGGGGUAUAUAUGAGACGACAAACCUGUUGUUUAAAACAUACUUCAAGUUGAACCAAGUUGGACUGUCGAAGAGCGUCCUUCGUGCUUUAGAUGCCUCCUCAGCAGACAUUCCUGGUCCUGAACAAUUUCCCAAAUCUCACAUUGUUACUUUUAAUUAUUAUGUCGGAGUUAUCAACUUUCUGGAGGAGAAUUACAAAGAGGCCGAAGAAAGUCUUACGCAAGCCUGGCUCAUGUGUAAAAGAGACGCCUGGAAGAAUAGAGAGUUGAUCCUCACUUACCUGAUCCCCUGCCAUCUCGUCACCACGCAUCGACUACCAAGCAAAAACCUCCUAGGCCCAUUCCCUCGCCUAAACCAACUGCUUCGACCUUUAUGCGAUUGUAUCAGACAAGGCAAUCUCGUCGGUUUCGAUGCAGCCAUGUCAGCCGGGGCAGACGAGUUUGUCAAACGCCGCAUAUAUCUGCCACUUGAGAGAGGUCGCGAUCUGGCUCUUCGCAAUUUGUUCCGCAAGGUCUUUAUUGCUGGUGGAUUCGAGCCUGCAAAGGAUGGACAGCCGCCAAUCCGACGGACACGUGUGCCUUUGACGGAGUUUGCGGCUGCGCUACGCAUCGGUACCAAGGCCGAUGAGAAGGUCCGUGUCGAUAUGGAUGAGGUUGAGUGCUUGUUGGCCAAUAUGAUAUACAAGUCCAUGGAACUGAUGAACUCGCCAUUCGACACGCCUGAUUUCCCUCUUACAUACACCAUCAUGGAAGGCAUGGCGAGCUGUUCGGCAGACGCGCAGACUUGA